UUUAGCCCCAACGUCUUCUAUGACAACAUCCGUAGAGAUUCACUCACUGCAAUUCUCUCUAGAUCCAAUUGUUGAGCGAAUAUUUGAAAGAAACUUGAAUCAUGCCACUUGAAAUUGUAGAUCGUGUUCAUAUACAUAGGAGCCCACUGCUGGCGUGGGAUUAUAUUUACACACUUUCGCCCGCCAAACUUCGUGCCUUUCACCCCAUCUUAUUCUGGACCAUUACACAUUCUAGGCUAUCAUACUUGACCUCUAAUGUCAAAGAGGCCCAAGAUGGCACUCGAUGCGAAAUCACCAGCAGCUACUCCUCUAAACGAUGGCACGACGGACUACGUUCCUAUGAGAAAAAAGUACAACUCCAAGGAGCCGCACAUAACUGAGCAACCCAUCACUUGGGGCAACUGGUACAAGCAUGUAAAUUGGCUGAACUGUUUCUUUAUUCUCUUAAUCCCCUUCCUAGGCUGUCUUGGAGCCUAUUGGACACCUCUCCAGCUCUAUACGGGCAUCUUCGCCGUUGUAUACUAUUUCAACGCAGGUCUUGGCAUCACGGCCGGAUACCACCGCUGCUGGGCCCACAGAUGCUACAAAGCAACCCUCCCAUUAAGGAUCUACCUUGCCGCCGCAGGAGCGGGUGCAGGACAAGGCUCGAUCCGAUGGUGGUCCCGAGGCCACCGGUCCCACCACCGGUACACCGACACAGAGAAGGACCCAUACUCGGUCCAGAAAGGUUUCUGGUAUUCGCAUAUUGGAUGGAUGGUGAUAAAGCAGAACCCGAAACGGAUCGGUCGCACGGACGUCACUGAUCUCGACGCCGAUCCUGUCGUCGUCUGGCAGCACACCAACUAUAUCAAGUCAGCUCUGUUCAUGUGUCUCGUGUUCCCAACUUUAGUCUGCGGCUUUGGCUGGGGUGAUUGGCUUGGGGGGUUCAUCUAUGGUGGAAUCCUUCGCGUCUUCUUUAUUCAACAGGCCACCUUCUGCGUCAAUUCUCUUGCCCAUUGGAUCGGCGAACAACCCUUCGAUGAUCGCAAUUCCCCAAGAGACCAUGUCAUAACUGCCUUCGUCACCCUCGGUGAGGGCUACCAUAACUUCCACCACGAGUUCCCAUCGGACUACCGUAACGCGAUCGAGUGGUGGCAGUACGAUCCCACAAAAUGGUCUAUCUGGAUCUGGAAACAGCUCGGUCUCGCCUACGACUUGAAACAAUUCCGCCAGAAUGAGAUCGAAAAAGGUCGCAUCCAACAGCUACAGAAGAAGCUAGAUCAAAAGCGCUCUACUCUCGAUUGGGGCAUUCCCCUCGACCAGCUUCCCAUAAUGGACUGGGACGAGUUCGUUACCCAAGCCAAGAACGGCAGAGCCCUUGUUACUAUCGGGGGCGUUAUUCAUGAUAUUACGAGUUUUAUUAAGGAGCACCCCGGUGGCAAGGCAUUCAUUUCGUCGGCGGUUGGUAAAGACGCUACUGCUAUCUUCAAUGGCGGGGUUUAUAACCAUUCUAAUGCCGCCCAUAACUUGCUUUCGACCAUGCGAGUCGCCGUUCUCCGUGGCGGGUGUGAGGUGGAGAUUUGGAAGCGUUCUUUGCCGGAUGGUAAGAUGCCGAUGCUGACGGACUCGGCUGCGCAUUGUUCGUGCUGGAGAUCAGGUUACUAGAACGGCGCAACCAGUUCCUAUGAUGAGUGCUGAAGCUAGAUAAGACACGUGUUCCUUUUUCUUUGUUUUUUUUUUAUUUUUUUUUUCUUUUUUCUAAGAAUGCUCGAUGAAUAGCAUGACCAAUAAUAUUUAUACCCUACUCCAUUGCAAAUACAGAUAUGUUGUAUGUGCUCGCA